AUGCAAAAUUAUGCAAUCCUUAUAUUCACUUUACUUAGUUUCGUUUUAGUAAAAUUAAUUAUAGUAAAAUUAAAAAUUAAAAAGAGAGUCAAGAAUUUGAAGCAUCCAAUUGAAUAAGCAAGAAGAUUUAUUAAAGGAAAAUCAGAAAAAUAAUUAAUUUAGAAAAUGCAACAAUUUCCAGGAAUAAUUAAAUUUAAUAGGUAAAAAGCUUUGAAAAUUUAAUAAUAACCAAAUUGCUGUAAUGAAAAAGCAAUAGUUGAUAUAAUUGAAUACAUAGCAAUUUUAAUUGGUAUCUUAGAUCUAAAAAAGGAGUAACAAUUAUUAAUUGAUUCAUUAUUAGAGACCGUUAAUAUUGA